CAGAUUGAACUCAAGGGCAGAAAAAUGAAUGUGGUUUGAGGUGGCCUAUAGGCUUAAGCUAUGGCUUAAAAACACCCUAAUAACGCUUUCUAAAUAUAUGUUUUGUUUUUCUUUGUUUUGGAUUGAGUUUAGCAACACAUCCCCAUGAACCAGCUACAUAUAUGUAAUAAGCUAUUGUUUGCACAUCUGUCUUUUCCCCAACACUUUCACCAACGCGGGAUGUUGUAAACACACCUAUCUACGCUUUCAAAACAUGAAAAGGUGUGGGAUGAUGUAAACACAUCUAGGUCUAUCUUACAACCAAGAAGUGAAGCUAGGUCUAUCUUACAACCAAGAAGUGCGGCUAUGUCUAUCUUACAACCAAGAAGUGCGGCUAGGUCUAUCUUACAACCAAGAAGUGAAGCUAGGUCUAUCUUACAACCAAGAAGUGAAGCUAGGUCUAUCUUACAACCAAGAAGUGCGGCUAGGUCUAUCUUACAACCAAGAAGUGCGGCUAUGUCUAUCUUACAACCAAGAAGUGCGGCUAGGUCUAUCUUACAACCAAGAAGUGCGGCUAGGUCUAUCUUACAACCAAGAAGUGAAUCUAGGUCUAUCUUACAACCAAGAAGUGAAGCUAGGUCUAUCUUACAACCAAGAAGUGCGGCUAGGUCUAUCUUACAACCAAGAAGUGCGGCUAGGUCUAUCUUACAACCAAGAAGUGCGCUAUGUCUAUCUUACAACCAAGAAGUGCGGCUAUGUCUAUCUUACAACCAAGAAGUGAAGCUAGGUCUAUCUUCCAACCAAGAAGUGUAGGUAGGUCUAUCUUCCAACCAAGAAGUGCGGCUAGGUCUAUCUUCUCUAUCUUCCAACCAAGAAGUGCGGCUAGGUCUAUCUUCCAACCACAAAGUGCAGCUAGGUCUAUCUUCCAACCAAUAAAUACAACUAGGUCUAUCUUCCAACCAAAAGUGCAGCUAGAUCUAUCUUCCAACCCAGAGGUGCAGCUAGGUCUAUCUUCCAAUCAAGAAUCGCGGCUAGGUCUAUCUUCCAACCAAGAAGUGCGGCUAGGUCUAUCUUCCAACCAAGAAGUUCGGCUAGGUCUAUCUUCCAACCAAGAAGUGCAACUAGGGCUAUCUUUCAUUCAAGAAGUGGAGCAAGGUCUAUCUUCCAGCCAUAAAGGCUCAAUUUAUUUAUUUUAAUCCUUUUUGAUUUUUCAGUGAAGAAGACGUUUUGUCGAUGCUUAAAAAAAACAACAAAGAAAUCAUGUUGUUACUUCUAUUUGUCGUUUUAAAAAAAAAUGUGAUUGUAGAUCUCACCAUAUGAUUAUAAUAUUUUCAUAAUUCCUCAGAUCUGCACGUCAUGGCAACACUGACGAGACACAUCACACUGACUCUGCUGUUGACCUGUAUCGUUCAAGAUCUUGCGUUAACUCGGACAACCGACCACCCCUACCUUGAUUUGGGAGAAAUACUCGAACGUGUCUGUGAUGGCUGCCAUUUGCAAAUUAGGGCCUGUGCCGAUGAAAAUACAAGAACACUUAUUCGCGAAAAGAGAUAUUGGGAGGCAUAUACAAAUGUAGUUAGUUCCAGCUGCUUUAAAGAACUCAAGCAAUGCUCUGAAAGCGAGAUAAAGAUUUUUGAGGACGCUGCUUGUUAUGCCUCACGUUUUCUUGGUAGUAAUCCGACCAACUGGCGAUACAUUGCUUGUGAUGCUUCUCGUCUUUAUCUUGGUUCCCUGACCAUCGCCAUGUGUGUCCUAGUAAUUGUAUUGGGUCAAAUGCAAAAUUUCAGCCAUUGAUCCCAAUUAUAGUCAUUGGUUUCGAUUUUUAAAUUUACCUAAUCUGAAAUACAUGCUAAAAGUUAUAUCUAUUAAAAUUGCUUUAAAACGUACAUUUAGCCACCUUAGUAAUGAAAUCUCUAAGUUCCUUAUUAAAAGUUUAUGUUCCCUAAAAUACAUACAGGGCUUGUUCGCUUGUUUCGGGAAUUAAAGAAAACGUUUUAUUUUAGAUUUUAUAUACUUAAGACAAGAUUCUAUAUAAUUUAUCCAAAUUAAUCUAAAGCUUUUAUUUUUUUAAAGAAAUUACAAUUACAUGUUCAUUUUCAGAACAGAAAAAAUUAAAUUUUUAACCAAGAAAAUAUUGACAAGUAUAAAAAUUUAAACACAAGACAUCUACAGUGUUUCUCUAGCCUAGAAAUCAUCCAUCAGUGAACUAACCCCUUUAGUGACAAUAAUGACUUAAUGAUUAGUGAUCAUUUACAUUGGAAAUUUUUUUGAGAGCACACUGGUAAAUUUAGUAGCCAACAACCAACUCAUGUAUUUCAGGUGAAUAAAGAACAUGUAUAAAGUACACUGAAUAUUUAAAGACUUAUAAUAAAUGUUGUUACACGCUUAUUGCUGUUCGCCAGCUAGAGAUUUCAUAAUAAAAAGCCUAUACAUUGUGUGAAUUUUUUUCAUGUUAUGAUCUUGGGGAUAAAAUACAACCAUGGAUGACAUUGGCCAUUCAUUCUCGUCAAGUGUCCUAACAAAUGGAACUACAUUUGAGAACCAGUAUUGGAAUGAAUGUCUUUAGCGAGAGCCGACAAUUUUAAGCAUUUUAUCCGAAUUGGAAAGUUAUGAUAUUUUUUUUUAAAAUGAAUAAGUAAUGGUCUAAGAAUUAUUUUUAUUUAAUCAUAAUCACUUUUAUCGGGAAAACCCAAACAUUUUUUUUUUUGUUGUGCCCUUUUAAUAUUGCAAAAUUAAAUCAAAAUUGACUUUAUAUAAAUGUCUUUAAAAAAAUAUCAAAUUAAAUCAGAUUGAACUCAAGGACAGAAAAAUUAGAAUAAUUUCAAAAGAGCAAAACUUUAGCUAGCAAAUAGAAAGCUGUAAAUUUCUAUGACUUAAUAAUUGCUUGUGACAAAACUGAUCAUGUUAAAAAAUAAUAAAAUAUAAUUGAAUACAAUCGAAUACUUUUAAAUUAUU